GAGAUCCAGCAGCAUCGGGCGCGCACGGACGACGACGAUCGACGACGACUACGUAGCUGUAUGGGGGCGCGAUCAGUGUUGGUAUUUUCUUACGGUGCGAAUCCAAAAUGUCAGACAUCGAUAAAUGGAUAGAGAUCGCGAAAGAAUGCAAAUACUUGCCCGAGAAUGAUCUCAAGAAACUCUGUGACUUGGUAUGUGAUUUAUUGCUGGAGGAGUCCAACAUCCAGCCUGUGUCCACUCCGGUGACGGUAUGCGGUGAUAUUCACGGUCAGUUCUAUGAUUUAGAGGAACUGUUUCGUAAUGGUGGCCCCGUGCCAGAUACAAAUUACAUAUUCCUGGGAGAUUUUGUUGAUCGGGGCUACUAUAGCUUAGAAACGUUUACUCGUCUGCUCACACUUAAAGCUAAAUGGUCCGACAGGAUAACGUUACUACGUGGUAAUCACGAAUCUAGACAAAUCACGCACGUUUAUGGAUUUUACGAUGAAUGCCAAAACAAGUACGGCAAUGCUAAUGCGUGGAAGUACUGUUGUAGGGUAUUUGACUUGCUCACAGUUGCUGCCUUAAUUGAUGAACAGGUUCUUUGUGUACACGGUGGAUUGUCUCCAGCUAUUAGAACACUAGAUCAAAUUAGAACGAUUGAAAGGAAUCAAGAGAUUCCACACAAAGGUGCUUUCUGUGAUUUGGUCUGGUCCGAUCCAGAAGAUGUAGAAACAUGGACAGUAAGUCCGCGUGGUGCAGGCUGGCUGUUUGGCAGCAAAGUGACUUACAUGUUCAUGGAAGUGAAUGAUCUUAAACUCAUCUGUAGGGCGCACCAAUUAGUUCAGGAAGGUUAUAGGUACAUGUUUAAUGACAAACUCGUCACAGUGUGGUCGGCCCCAAAUUAUUGUUAUCGAUGUGGUAACAUAGCUAGUAUCAUGCAGUUCACGACAGUGGAUCAGAGAUCACCCGUGCUGUUCCAGGCAGUGCCUGAUUCCGAGAGAGUAAUCCCACCUCUAACGCCCACUCCGUACUUUUUGUGAUCUAUCUUAGUAGCUCAUCUGUACGGAUGCGGAAGAGAAAUGUCUGUGUCUAGACUCUACGGAAUCACAUGAUUUGAUUGGCCGGAUCCAGGCUGGUACCAUGACGGACCCACACAUUCAUGAGAAUAUAUCACUGAUUAUACAUAUUACUCUAGAAAAUUUUGAUUCCCUUAAAAGAAAUUGUUUGAUGCGUUCUACGAUCAAAGUACGAUACUUAGAGAGGACUGAAUUGUCGUGUGAUUGCUCUUAUUCAGGGAAUGUUCUUUAGAUUUUUUAAGAACUUUAUCAGGUUUUACAUGUUGUAAAGCUAACUUUUAUAUAUCUACAUAGUAUCUGCCAUUGCAUCAGCCUGAUUUUUGUAGCUCGAGAA